AUGUAUCGUUAUUAUGAUUCAGACUCCAAAAAUGAGACUUGGCUCAUAAAAUUGAGUGUAGCCGCCGAUUGGCAACAAGUCUUUGUUCCACCAUACUUUAUAGCUAUCGAUAGUAAUGAUGUCAAAGUCCCAACCAAGAAGAUAAGCAGAAAUAAAUAA